AUGGACGACGUUCUAUGCGGAUCGCUUGCUGGAGCAGCGGGUAAAACGAUAGAGUAUCCUUUUGAUACGACCAAAGUUCGUCUGCAGACCCAAAACCCGGCCAGCCCUAUCUAUUCAGGACCCAUCGACUGUAUUCGGACAACCAUACACAACGAAGGAGUCAGGGGCCUGUAUCGGGGCAUAGCUCUGCCUAUGGCAGGGGCGGCGGCGGAAAAUGCCACUCUGUUUUUCACGUUUUCCGUUUUCGAAAAAAUGACCGCUCCCCUAGGUCUCUCGGAAACCCCACAGGCACUCCUCUGCGGGUGUAUGGGCGGGUUGGUGGCUUCGGUGGUCUUGACUCCGAUCGAGCUGCUCAAAUGCAACACACAGGUGUCGGCAAUUGCCGGAAUCCGCCAUAAAACCAACAUGGAGCAGAUCAAAACCAUCGUUUCCCACGACGGGAUCCGCGGGCUAUGGAAGGGCCAGGCCGGCACUGCAAUUCGAGAGGCCGGCGGCUCGGCAGCAUGGUUCGGCAGUUAUAGAGCCGUGAUCCAGCUGCUCACUGGCGACAGAAACAGCCAGGACCACAGCCCCAAGGCAUGGCACUCGAUGCUCGCUGGCUCCGUGGCAGGCAUGGCCUACAAUUUUUCAUUGUUCCCCGCGGACACUGUAAAGUCGCAAAUGCAAACGCAACGACUCAUGGGUCGACCCGAUCACGGAUUUGUCCGCACCUUCUUCGAGCUGACUUCUCGAGGCGGUCUCAAACCUCUGUACCAGGGCUGCGGGCUCACAUGCGCUCGCGCAGCUCCAUCCAGCGCCAUUAUCUUCCUGGUUUACGAACAACUAAAAAAAGUCAUCAAGUUUGACUAG